AUGGACAACAAAGCUCAGCAAUCAUCAGGUAAUAGCCCUCCCCAGAAACCGUGGGAAAGAGCUGGGUCCUCUUCUGGUCCUGCACCUUUUAAACCGCCUUCUGGUGGUAGCACGAGUGAUGUAGUUGAGGCUUCUGGAACUGCAAAACCUGGUGAAGUUGUUUCAACAGGUGAUAGGAAUACAAUUGUAAACAGAAACACGGUCGGGAGGCCUGUUCCUACUAGGCCAUGGGAACAGCAGACUUAUGGCAGCAGUUAUGGAGGUUAUGGUUCUGGCCUGAAUUAUAAUUCUGGUUACGGAACAGGCACGUAUGGUUCAUCUGGCUUGUAUGGUUCUUCUGGCAUGUAUGGUUCUUCUGGCAUGUAUGGUACAUCUGGAGGAUUUGGAGGGUCAUAUGGCAGUGGAUUAUAUGGAAACAACAUGUAUAGAGGUGGUUAUGGCGGACUUUAUGGAGGUGGCAUUAAUGGUGGGGGAAUGUAUAAUAGUGGCUUCGGAGGGCCUAUGGGAGGUUAUGGAAUGGGCAUGGGGGGUCCGUAUGGUGAGCAGGAUCCGAAUAAUCCAUAUGGUGCUCCAUCUUCUCCACCAGGUUUCUGGAUUUCAUUAAUGCAAGCGAUGCAUGGCGUAGUAAAUUUCUUUGGCCGGGUUGCAAUCUUGAUAGAUCAGAAUACACAGGCAUUCCAUAUGUUUAUGACUGCCCUCCUUCAGCUGUUUGACCGUUCCGGAUUAUUGUAUGGAGAGCUCGCUAGAUUUGUGCUGAGACUAUUAGGAAUCAAAACAAAAUCCAAGAACGUUCAAUUCCCUGGCAUGGAUGGGCUUCCUGGACCUCAGAAUCCCCAUGCACCUGGACCUCACAAUCCCCACGCCAGUCAAAACUACAUUGAGGGACCCAAGGCUGCACCAAACAGUGAGUGGGACGGCGCAUGGGGAAAUGCUGCAACUAAACUGAGCGUGCUGCUCUUGCUACAUGUCUCCUCUGGAGAAUAUUCACGGGGUCGGGAACAGUUGUCCUCGGCUAGGCGAAAAGCGGUUUUUUGGCUUGGAUUUUGGAAUGAGUUUUGCCACUUGUACAUGGGGCUACGCUCCUUACAAUAA